GUACUGAUGAAAGGGCUAAACAUCCACAUAUGAUAUACCAGAGCAGCUUUUUGGUAAUUGGGCCAAGGUGUUUAAGCAUCUCAUUAGAUACUUUGGAUGGACCUGGAGCUUUGCCAUUAUUAAGAAAACGGUUAAAUCAUAAUUCAUAUGAUGAUUAUAAUUUAUUACUUCGAAUUAACAACAAUGCACAAUAA